AUGAAUCCUAUUUCGUUCCCAACCACUCUGUCCGAAGAAGAACAUGCACUGAAGGAAAUGCAUGAGAAACUGAAACUGAUGCGACGUCUCUUAGCAGAGCGUAAAAGUGCGGCCGCUGGAGAAGUGUCUACCAUCGAAAAGAACAGAGUUAGGAAGUCCGUGGAAGAUGCCGCUUUUGCAACAGAAGAGCUCAAGAGGAAGGUCAUCGCUGGUGCGAUAACUGUCAAAAAAGUCAGCGAGAAGCACACAUUCAAACGAGCUAAAGUUGAGAAGAAAGCUCGUUCGACCAGCGUUUGUGAAGAGGGCGAGAUCGACGUGAGUUUAUCCAGUAUCUGA